ACUCACACCUUGAGACACUCUUUGCAGCAGGGCAAGCUUUCAACAAGAUACAAUCUUUCCGGAUUAAGUUUCAAGAAACUAAGUUUCUGUAGCGUUGCUAGUAAUAUAAUGGCUGAGGAAAGUGGGAAAAGCUUUGCUCGCCGAGACAAGCUCUUGGGGAUUGAAUCUGAGGUCCAGAAGUGGUGGGCUGAAGGUGAUGUGUUCAGGGCUGAUCCCAAAGAAUCUGUGCCGAAACCUGGGGAAAAGUUUUUCGGGAACUUUCCUUUCCCAUACAUGAAUGGAUAUUUGCACCUUGGUCAUGCUUUUUCCCUCUCGAAGCUUGAAUUUGCUGCUGCUUAUCAUAGGUUGAGGGGUGCAAAUGUCUUGUUGCCAUUUGCUUUUCAUUGUACUGGCAUGCCCAUCAAGGCAUCAGCAGAUAAACUUUUAAGGGAAAUUGAUGGGUUUGGGAACCCACCAAUAUUUCCUGUUGUAAAAGAGGAGACUGCUGAGCCAGAAGUGAAACCUGAAGCUGAAAAUGAAGGGAAUCAGACUGCACCUGGUGGUAAAUUUAAGGGGAAGAAGUCAAAGGCUGUUGCUAAAUCUGGUGGGGCCAAGUUUCAGUGGGAGAUAAUGCAGAGCUAUGGUCUGACUGAUGAAGAAAUCGCAAAGUUCACGAACCCUUAUCACUGGUUGACAUUUUUCCCACCCCUUGCUGUUGAGGAUUUGAAGUCAUUCGGCUUGGGAUGCGAUUGGAGGAGAACAUUUAUAACUACUGAUAUGAAUGCAUAUUUUGAUUCGUUUGUGCGCUGGCAGUUUAGGAAAUUAAAAGCAAUGGAGAAAAUUGUAAAAGAUUUAAGAUAUACCAUUUACUCUCCCCUAGAUGGUCAGCCAUGUGCCGAUCAUGAUCGUGCAUCAGGUGAAGGUGUUCUUCCACAGGAGUACACCCUGAUCAAGAUGGAGGUUGUCCCACCUUUUCCUGCAAAGAUGAGUGUCUUGGAAGGUAAGAAAGUUUACCUUGCUGCUGCUACUUUGAGGCCAGAAACCAUGUAUGGACAAACAAAUGCCUGGGUUCUGCCAGAGGGGAAAUAUGGUGCAUUUGAAAUAAGUGACACUGAGGUUUUCAUCUUAACCAGGAGGGCAGCACUUAAUUUGGCAUAUCAGAGAUUGUCACGUAUCGCAGAGCAGCCAACCUGUUUAGUUGAAUUGACGGGACAAGAUAUCAUUGGGCUACCACUGAGGUCUCCAUUGGCUUUCAAUGACAUGAUAUACGCUUUGCCAAUGCUCUCAGUUCUCACUGAAAAAGGUACUGGGAUUGUUACCAGCGUGCCUAGUGAUUCACCCGAUGAUUACAUGGCACUCCAGGACUUGAAGUCAAAGCCAGCUUUUAGAGCUAAGUUUGGGGUAAAGGACGAGUGGGUUUUACCUUUUGAGAUAAUACCUAUAAUCAACCAUCCAGACUUUGGAGAUAAAUCUGCUGAGAGAAUUUGUAUAGAGAAAAAAAUAAAAAGUCAGAAUGAGAGAGAAAAGCUUGAUGAGGCCAAGAAAAUAAUCUACAAGGGUGGUUUCUAUGAGGGUACUAUGAUUGUCGGCAAUUAUGCAGGAAUGAAGGUCCAAGAAGCAAAGAGUUUGAUCAGGAGCAAGCUUCUUGAGAGUAAUGAAGCAGUGAGCUACAGCGAGCCGGAAAAGAAGGUCAUGUCAAGGUCAGGGGAUGAGUGUGUUGUUGCUUUGACUGAUCAGUGGUACAUCAUUUAUGGAGAACAAGAAUGGAAGAAAUUAGCAGAGGAGUGCUUGGCGAACAUGAAUCUUUACUCGGAUGAGACACGGCAUGGUUUUGAGCAUACUUUGAGCUGGCUGAAUCAGUGGGCUUGUUCACGUAAUUUUGGACUUGGGACUCGUAUUCCUUGGGAUGAGGACUUUCUCGUGGAGUCUUUGUCAGAUUCCACUAUAUAUAUGGCAUACUAUACUGUAUGUCAUCUGUUGCAGAAAGGGGAUAUGUAUGGUAAUGAUACUUCCUCAUUAAAGCCAGAGCAGCUGACUGAUGAGGUGUGGGAUUUCGUAUUUUGUGGUGGUCCGUAUCCUAAGUCUUCAGAUAUAUCUUCUUCUCUUCUUAAUCAGAUGAAGCAAGAGUUUGAGUAUUGGUAUCCAUUUGAUCUAAGGGUUUCUGGAAAGGAUCUCAUUCAGAAUCAUCUUACUUUUUGCAUCUAUAAUCAUACUGCAAUCUUUCCCACAAAUCUUUGGCCUCGUGGUUUUAGAUGCAAUGGACACAUAAUGCUGAAUUCUGAAAAGAUGUCCAAGUCCACUGGAAACUUUAGGACACUCCGCCAAGCUAUUGAAGAGUUUUCAGCUGAUGCUACAAGAUUUUCACUUGCUGAUGCUGGUGAUGGCAUGGAUGACGCCAACUUUGUCUUUGACACAGCUAAUGCUGCAAUCUUACGUCUCACAAAGGAGUUAUCAUGGAUGCAAGAGGUUCUUGCUGCAGAAGAUUCUUUGAGAAGCGGUCCACCUUCUACAUACGCAGAUAAAGUAUUUGAUAAUGAAAUAAAUAUUGCUGUGAAGAUGACAGAGAAGAAUUAUGGUGAUUACAUGUUCCGCGAAGCUUUAAAAACAGGCUUCUAUGAUCUUCAGGCUGCCAGAGAUGAAUACCGGCUCUCCUGUGGUGUUGAAGGUAUGAACCGCAGUCUAUUAUGGCGCUUUAUGGAUGUUCAAACUCGGCUUAUUGCUCCGAUCUGCCCACACUAUUCUGAACAUGUUUGGAGGGAAAUUCUGAAGAAGGAAGGGUUUGUAAUAAAAGCUGGAUUGCCUGAAGCUGAUUUUCCAGAUCUUGUCCUCAAAAAGGCAAAUAAGUAUUUGCAAGACUCAAUAGUCUCAAUGAGGAAGCUGUUGCAGAAGCAGGUUUCUGGUUCAAAGAAAGGCAAUGCAAACAUAUUAAACAGUCAGAAUAAGCCAAACACUGGCCUGAUAUUUGUGAAUGAGCAGUAUGAUGGAUGGAAGAAGGAAUGUUUAAUCAUACUCCAGAGAAAUUAUGAUAGUGUUACCUGCAAAUUUGCUCCUGAUCAGGAGGUAAUAUCUGAAUUGCAGAGAAGUGCUAUUGGGCAGGAAGGUAACUUUAAACAAAUACAGAAGCUUUGCAUGCCCUUUCUGAGGUUCAAGAAGGAUGAGGUUAUGGCAGUCGGCAUUCAAGCAUUGGACCUGAAGCUGCCUUUUGGUGAGAUUGAGGUCCUCAGGACAAAUUCAGACCUGAUUAGGCGGCAGUUAGGUCUUGAUAAUGUGCAGAUUUUGUCUGCAGAGGACCCUGGUGUCAUUCAAAGGGCUGGCCCUCAUGCCUCACUUCUGAGGCAGAAUCCACCCUCCCCUGGAAAUCCCACUGCAAUCUUUUUGAAUGAGUGAUUAGUUUUUAACAUGCCUAAAAGGUUCAGAUCUUUCCUCUCAAUUUCUUUUUCUGAGGUUGCUUAUAAAAAUAUUGAUGGCUGGUUCUUAGAUUCACUCAAUGCUUGUUGAUUCACAGGUAGGCGAGAUUGAGGUUAAAGAUAGCAAAUUGUUGAUGUUGGCUUGUACGAUGUCUGAGUAGAUGAAUAUUUCGUGCUCUCUUUGUUUCCCGGUUCCGUUUCUUUUUGGUUUAUAACUGUAAUACUUUUAUUGUUGUUCGGUCACAUCAAAAUUUUUGUUAUGUUGGCGAAUAUGGAUAUUGAGAUUCCAUCUUUGUGGUCUUAGACGUGUUGUACUGGAUGAAUUCUCUGUCUCUCUCUCUGAUGGCUGAAUACCUAAAUCAACCUUUUUCUGGCUUAACAUUGAAAAAGCAUGAGCUGAGCUGGUGUUGGAGAUGGCUUGAGGGCUCAAUCUUUGUUGAAGCCCAAAUGCCGUAGAAGAGGGAUUAAAAGCUUCAAUCCCAAUCUUUGUUGAUUUAGAGGUCUUGUUAAGAGCUGGAUUGGAUGUUACAUUUUGUUGCA